AUGGUGGCUGAAAGUGCAUGGCUGAAAAGCUCUGCAUCUUAUCAAUGCAGUCAAGUGGAGAUGCUUGUGAAUACCAGCAGAUCAAGAGAAUUGAGAAACUACUUGCUUUCCAAAACUCCACAGCUCAGCAAGAUCUUGGCAAUGCCUACAGUGUGUCAACCAGUGCUUGUCAACCCUCCAAAAAAUGGCCUUCCAGCCUGUGAUAGGCUGGUACAUCUUCCUGACAGACAUCACAAAUGGAAUUUUGUAGAUAUAGCAGAAAAUCGCUUGUGUAGGAAAAGACAUUCCAGAAAUGAUAUGCUGAGAAAUGGACAGCAAUCUUCACAGUUUCUACAUGCUUCAGUUUGGACUAGUUCAAUAUUACAUCCAGGUCCUACAAAAGUGAAUACUCAAGGCAUGUCAAGUUCCCAGGAGUACAAUAUAGAAGAAAAAAAAUGUAAAGGAUACAUACCCAGUUACUUAGACAAGGACGAGCUAUGUGUAGUAUGUGGUGACAAAGCCACCGGGUAUCAUUAUCGCUGUAUCACUUGUGAAGGAUGCAAGGGAUUUUUUAGAAGAACCAUUCAGAAAAAUCUCCAUCCAACCUAUUCCUGUAAAUAUGAAGGAAAAUGUGUGAUAGACAAAGUAACAAGAAACCAGUGUCAAGAAUGUCGCUUCAAAAAAUGUAUCUAUGUUGGCAUGGCAACAGAUUUGGUGCUGGAUGACAGCAAGCGGUUAGCAAAAAGGAAGCUGAUAGAAGAGAACCGAGAGAAGAGACGUCGGGAGGAGCUACAAAAAACAAUUGGGCACAGACCUGAGCCAACAGACGAGGAAUGGGAGCUGAUAAAAAUUGUCACUGAAGCGCAUGUGGCUACCAAUGCACAAGGAAGUCACUGGAAACAAAAAAGGAAAUUCCUGCCAGAAGAUAUUGGGCAAGCACCAAUGGUUAAUGCCCCAGAAAGUGGGAAAGUGGAUUUAGAAGCCUUCAGCCAGUUUACAAAAAUUAUCACACCAGCAAUUACAAGAGUGGUGGAUUUUGCCAAAAAGUUGCCUAUGUUUUGUGAGCUGCCAUGUGAAGACCAGAUAAUCCUUUUGAAAGGCUGCUGUAUGGAGAUUAUGUCCCUCCGUGCAGCAGUGCGCUACGAUCCCGAGAGUGAGACUUUAACACUGAAUGGGGAGAUGGCAGUGACAAGGGGUCAGCUGAAAAACGGGGGUCUCGGCGUAGUGUCUGAUGCCAUCUUCGACCUGGGCAUGUCGCUGUCCUCGUUUAACCUGGAUGACACGGAGGUCGCCCUGCUCCAGGCUGUGCUGCUCAUGUCAUCAGAUCGCCCAGGUCUCCUCAGUGUUGAGAGGAUAGAAAAAUGUCAAGAAGGUUUCCUCCUGGCCUUUGAACACUACAUUAAUUACAGAAAACACCAUGUUGCACACUUUUGGCCAAAACUGCUGAUGAAAGUGACAGAUCUGCGAAUGAUUGGUGCCUGCCACGCUAGCCGCUUCCUGCACAUGAAGGUGGAAUGCCCCACGGAACUCUUUCCCCCUUUGUUCUUGGAAGUGUUUGAGGAUUAGAAAGACUGGAGUGGUUCUCAGAAUUCCUAUAGCACUACUGGCUGUCAUUUCAUUCCAUUGCCUAGCUCUUCUUCUGUUCUUUUUGUUUUGGUUUGGUUUGUUUGUUUCUCUUUUUUUUUUAUAGACAUUGGUGAAAAUGUCCCUUUAAUGCGGGUACUUGUGACUAUUGCUUUUUGUCCUUCAGUCCCUUGAUGUGAAUGCUUUGACAGCUUAACAGUGAAAACACAAACAAACCAAUCUUGAUCACCAGCACUUAAGUGGUCACCAGCUAACAUCCAUCACUGCUUGGGGAAAUGGGGAGAUAAAAUUGAAGUGGCAGAAAAUAAACAGGCCUCCAAGGCAAAGCACUUUGCCCUGCCUUUUUCCCAGUAUUACCUCAUUUUGCAAGCCAUGAGUGAGAUACACUGUCUAGUUUUCCAUGGUCAUUCUAAGUGUAACCAUUACCAUUUUGACCUAAGAAUACCAUAAUCACUGUGAUUGCAUCACAUCCUUGGGAUUAUUACAUGGGUCAUAAAUAUCUGUGUCCUCUACAAUCAAAUCUUUUUUCAAAUACACAGUGGGGAGCAGGGGUUGAUAUAUUUUUUUGAUUUGUACAAAAAGGGCAAAAUCCUCAGCCCUUGCUCAGUUAAAACUCUAGAUGACUUCAGUGGGAGGUCUACUGGAAUAAAGACCGAGGGCUUGAUCCUGUCAGGUGUUGAGCUCUUCCAACAGGUGCGGGGAGCCCACAACUCAGGUUGACUUCAGAAGAGGAAGUGAAGGGGGAUGUCACAUCAACAUCCAAGUGGCACUGGAAGGGAUGGGCACUUGGCAGGUCUUGGUAUGCACUCAGCACUCUGCAGGAAUGGGUCUUUUAUCCUGGCUGCAGGAUUUGCCCAGGGUUAUGCAAAGAUACAAAUGAUUACAGGGAGAAAAAAAUAAUUAUGAUGAACUCCAAAUAGGAUAGAAACCUACCCUAUUACUAAUUAUGCUCCAGACUGUACAACUUUAUCCCAGUAACAUGUAGAGUAUGUCUUGAGAGUAAUCUCUGAUAGAUAAAUACAAAGGAAACAUAUUGCCGUCUUUUUGUACUUUUUUGUACGUGCAUUUUUAUUUUGAUUGGCUAGAUUCUCUCUCAGUUCCCUGAAAUCAUUUCUAUUGACUGCGCUAGUAGGAGCUGAACUGAGCAACAACAGGAUGUCCUGCUGCUGAAAUCUGCCAGCCAGCACUCCUAGCACUCAUUUGGGCCUUUUUCAAGGGCAUUAAGAGUAAAGAUUCCUCUGUUUCAUCCAUCCUCAUCACAGGGUGAUUGUCUCUGAAGUUUUAUAAACUCCAGGCCAGGCAAGUCUCCUAGUUUAUCUAUAAGUGGGAUACAUCAGAAGGAUCAUCCUCUUCCUGGCAACAGAAAAGAUUUAGUACAGCCUCAGACUAUGUUUCAUGCUCCCUCUGUUGCAUUGUGCAUUCACAUAUCAAUACAAAACAAAGACAGAAGGAGGUAUCCUUUCCUGCCCAACUAGACAGGCAUUGUUAUAGUUGGACAUUCAAAGUUAAAGGCCCUAAUCUAGCCCUAGGUGUUUGACUCAUGAAAACGUGGUACUAGGAAAACUUUCAUUGUGAGCAAAACACCAGGGGAAUUUUGAAAUUAUUUUCACUCCUGCUGCAAUGCGAAGAAAGCAUUUGGAAUACUAACGGCCACAUUUGCAGCCAGGCUGAAUCCCUGCCGCCAUGUUUAUUGGUGCAAUUUGCAUCUAUACCUCCAAUGAGUUUUGAGUGUUAAUCUUAGUAGUUACAUAUUGGACUUCUAAGAUUUGUGCCCAAAAUUCCAUGUGGGUGUAAAACACAAAGGUGCAUUUUUUGCAGGCACAGUGGGAAGCCAGGCCACUAGAAACUUGCUCAGGUUUUCAUAUGAGGUUAAAAACACCUGUUGGCUCCCAUUCCUCCACCUCCCCCCAAAGCAAAUGUUUGAAUGACACCAUUCUCCAGAUAGUUUUGCAGUAAAACCCAGAGCAUAUCAUGGAGUCAGGGACAUCCAGAAUACUGGGAGUUAUACUUGGAAUCAAAACCCAUACAAAAUAAUGAGAAUUAUGGGUUUGGUCCUGCAAACUCUUCCUCAAACGUACAGUCUCAAGAAAGUCACUUAGCAGUGUGAGAACUGCUCACACGAGUCAGGGCUUGCAUUAGCAGAUCCUAACUGCAUACAUUAAAAGAAAAAUAAUUGCACAAAUCUCAAAAUCAAAUUAGUUAAAAUAACAGAUAUCUGCAGAAAUUAAAUAAAAUAGUUGAUCCAUUUCUUGCUUCUGUUUUCCAGAUCUGGUAAGCAAAAAUAAAAUGAAACAUACAAACCUUUUAGAGCUGUAUUCUGCCCCUAAUCUUCAUGGGACACUCCCACUUAUGCCAGUGAGAACCCCACACAUGCUCGUAGGCUAUAUAUGACUAAUUUAGUGUACAAAAAUGUGAUCAUGUCGUAGGUGAAAGAGAGAAAAACGCUCUUCUUUCUGGCAGGUACCAGUGUUGGCAACUCACAAUUUUAUUGCAAGUCUUGAGAUAUCUGCUGUUUUUCUGAUAGCCCCCAUUCUGGGAAUCAUGUUGUUACAUGAUUUUUUUUUUUAAAGUUUCCUGGUGCUUUUGGUUGUAGAAAAAAGCUUGAAAAUGUUAAAUGUUCAAAAUGUAGAAGGCAAAUAAGAACUCAAAAUUGACAAUUUAGAACUCUCACGAUUUUUAAGCCAAUCUUGUGAUUUUGGGGGCCUGGUUCAUGAUUUUUGAACCCUUGGGAUUGGCAAUACUUAGUUAUUCAAAGUAAAUAGCAUAGAAAAGGUAAGAGUUGUACAAAAAACAAACAAAAAAAAAAGAUUAGUCAUCUGACUCAGGAAAGCUUCAUCAGUCUGAUCCAGCACUGAGAAUAAACACUUCACAGGCUGGUUGCUGUUAAAACGGCUACUGCUAUGUGAACCUGUCCCCAUUAAAUCUAACAAGCAAAGCAAUGAGGUUUAAAAGUAUUAGACUUAGUAGAUUAUACUAUUGAGUACCUGGAAUUAGGCACUUAAUUUGUAUUUAAAUGUCUGAAUAAGUGGCUGAAUUUCCAAGAUGUUGACUUCAUUAGGAACUGUGACUACUCAGUAUCCUGAAAAAUCAGUCCACCUCUAUUUAAGUGACUGAACAUGGAUUUCGGUGCCUAACGUUAGGAAAACAAGCCUGAAAAUGUUGGUCAGUUUUUAGUUUUUAGCAAAGAGCACGUAUAGCAGUAUUUUUUAACCUUUUUUUAUAUUAAAGGUAUGGGAUCUGGCAGUAAUUCAUUGCAGUGAAUUACCAGUAUUUAUCAAUCCAAAACCAAUAGCCAUCUCUUAGUUUAACAGAUGUGAUCUAGUGACAUUUAAGGCCCUGCUUCCAUACCAGUUUUACAUUGACUUCAGUGAUAUUAUUCCUGAUUUACACCAGUGCAUAAUUAGAACCUAUAUUAGGCUCUGAUCUUGCAAAUGGACUUAGCCCCCUGUCCUGCAAUGACUUAUGCACAUGCUUAAAUAUGCAUACAUGCAUAGUCCCAAGUCUCUGCAGGAUCAGGAACAUAAUGUUUGCUACUGUGAGUAACAGACUUUAGUGUAACUAACUAUUCCCAGUAGUAAGCACUACACCCAGUAGUAUUUGUAGAAUAAGGCCUUCUGACUGAGUGCAACAGAACUGAACUUUUCAGUGCAGUCCAUACUCUUGUACAAAAGUUUGAUGGUGCCACAUAACUCUCAUUUUUGCUCUCUGGUCUAGAGGUAUAGCAAGUGGGGUCUUUUAUUCAUGAUUCUUUCUGUCAACCCAGCUCUUUCAUUGUCAUCUUCACUGUUUUUUGCCCUACAUAAUACAUGCAUAUAGAUUUUAUUCCUUUCAUCUGGCAUCCCAACUUAGUUCCGAUAUUUAAAAUAACCUAUAUACAGUGUGAUAAUGAUUUUUGUUUACACUCUGCCAAAAUAUAGACGUUAGAAUUAGACCUCUAAGGUCCAAAAUCAUCAUUGAGGUAAAUGCUUACUCCUUCAGGGAUCAGUUUCAGAAAGAAAAAAGUAAAAAAAUGACCAGAGGGAGAAAUCAGCCUAGGUAGGGCUGUUGAUCACAAGCAGAGCAUGUCAUUGUUAGUGAUGUAUUUUAAUGCUAUGGAACUCUAACCUGUAUGUGUCAUAUUGACUUUUUGCUGCAUGAAUCAUACACUAUAAAAAUCAGUCUUAUGGUUUUGAGACGUAGCCAACAUUUGUGAGGCUAAACCUUUUUCAGUGACAGAAUCAAAAUCAGCAACCAAGGAACAGUCUUCUCUCUCUCUUAACUAUGAGAGCAGUUAAAAGUAUCCAGUACUUGUCUUUUCACUGAUGUAGAGGCUCCAGGACCUAAACAAGCUCUUAAUUUGUCCUGUUGUUGUAAUAAUAUGAAACUGAUUACCAGAUGUUUCCUUUUGAUAUUGCUAUGAUAUGAUCCCUAUUUAAAUUUUAUAUAGAGAAAUUUUAUUCUAGUGCAAUAGAGAUUUAUUUUCCACGUGAAGAUUCAAAGUAAUGUGAGUACAUCUUUUUACAACAGAAUAAUCUUGUUUUAAAAAAAAAGGUUUGGCCUUAUCACAAAGUUUUACCGUGUUGUAUAAAUGUUUAGCAAAUGCAAAGAGUAUGCAUUUCUUGUGUGUAUCCACAUUGACUGCCGUCGCCUUCAAAAGCAAUAUUGUGCAGGUAAAAGUUUUUUGUGACUGUCCAUUGCACAGUUUACCUACUUUAAAAGCUAACCCUAUUUAUGCACAAGACAAUCAAAUGUAAAUCUGCAUCAGCCAGACGGUGUAGAUUAAAUUUGUUUAAAUUACUGAGCACAAUGUAAAACAUUAAAAGACACUUUAUUUAAUUACACAUUACUUUGAUUAUAGAUAAUAUCAGGGCAUGAACUAGCUGACACUGUAAUUUUUUUCUCUUUUCAUACUUUCUUAACUCUUCAUUUUUAAUUUGUUCACAACUACAUCAAAUUAGUCUUUCAUGCCAUUUCUUUAAAAAAGACAAAAGGUGAACUUUUUUUAUUUUUGUUAUUGGUUUCAUGCCCUGAGGUUAACACAAACAUUACACGGUAUAAUGAGAGACAGUACUGUGGAUGAUGUAUUUUUUUGCAAACAGGAGUAAGUGAUAUGCUAUAUCAGUAAUAUUUUUUCAGCCUAAAAAAUAUAUAUAUUAAAAAUCUGUGACCGCAAAUGUUUUAAACUAUCCGAAGAGAAAAUUUGUAUAUUUGGGGGGAGAAUAAUUUUUACAUAGCUUUUGUAUGCAGAUAUUAAAAUGUAAUUAUGAAUAUAGUGGGCCUAGAUAAUUG